AUGUCAGAGCCUAUUUCUCUGUCUUCCCGCAUAAAGGGCGCCAUAUAUGGCCUUGCUGUGUGUGACGCACUGGGAGCUCCCGUCGAAUUCAAACCCCGAGGCUCGUUCGAACGCGUUACCUGCAUGCUUCCGAAUGGAAACUUCGGCCUUCCCGCCGGCUGCUUCACAGACGACACAGCGAUGACACUAUGCCUGACUCAUUCUCUUCUAGACUGUAGCGGUCACUCCAACAUGGUAGACCAGGUCAAAAGGUACAUCUCAUGGUGGCAGAAUGGCUACAUGUCCUCAACCGGCAGCUGUUUCGACAUUGGAGUGUCUACACGAAGUGCGCUCCAAACCUGGGCCGAUAUGCUCCAUCUACAGCCGAGGAGCGAGGAAUCCCCUGUGGAAGGUGCCCACAGCGCAAUGCUAACGAAGAUUACCCGUGAAUUUUCGAAGGACGAAUACUGUGGAAACGGCAGCCUGAUGAGAGUCCUUCCAGCAGCACUGAUCGCGUCGAGCGCGUCAAACGCCGUCGAACUUGCGAAAGAAAGCUCAUUACCUACGCAUCCCCAUCCGCGAUGUGUGCAUGCUUGCAUGAUAUACGCGUCCCUGGUACAACAGGCGCUGAACGGGGCUUCCAAGACCGAACUCGCUACAAGCUUAAGCGAGUCAAUCAACGAGAUUCCGAGCAAUAUCUCCGACACACCCAUCGAAGCAGUUCUCGCAGAGCGCAUCGGCCGGUAUCGGUCCAUCCAAGACUGGAAACGGACCACAGCCGACUCGAUACGCAGCACGGGCUAUGUUGUUGAUUCACUUGAGGCCGCUCUGUGGGCUUUCUUCACCUCCGAUACUUUCACAGAGGCAGCAAUCCAGGCUGUUAACUUGGGGUAUGAUUCGGAUACUGUUGGCGCGAUAUGCGGCGGCAUAGCAGGCACUUAUUACGGGUUCGAUGCAAUACGCGAUGACUGGUUACGUGAUUUAAAGAAGAAGGAACUUCUCGACGAAGCGACCCAGAAGAUAAUUGAUCACAGAAAGAAGCUACCCUGA